AUGUUAGCAACAACUUCACCAAACUCUUUAGUCAUGAACCCAACAUCUAUGUUAGUAGAAAUGAAAAGCUUCAUUCCUUCUUCAUAUACUUUCGAAACAGAAAUCCAGAAGAUAAAGCAAGAACUUCUCCAAGGAGAUUUAGAUUGCACUGCAAAAGAUGAAACAAAUGAACAAUAUCUUUAUGAAAUGCAGGAUAUUAUUGACCAUCUACCUAAACUUCCUGAAAUACAACAACAAAAGCUCACUAUUCCAGAAUUUGAAGAAAUAGAAGUCAAAGCAACUGACUCGGUAGAAAUAAAGAAGUUCAUACGUAAGGUUAACUAUGAGUUUCUUGGAUUUCAUUGCAACCACAAAGUCAUGGACAAAGACUGCGAUAUGGUAUAUUUCAUUGACAUAUAUAAAUCUGAAGAAUUUAAGACCUACGACAACUUUGUUUCGUUAGUUGCAAAAUGUGUAUGGCAGAUAAGAGAUAAAGAUAGAAGAG